ACUCACUUUUUAGUACUGGACAAGAUCAAUUUGGAUAUAUUAAGAGAAUUGGAAACAGGACAUUUUAUGAAACCAUCAACACAUUGACAGAUGCAACUCCUUAUGAUGCCUUCACUCAUUGCUGCGAAAUUGGAAUGUAUCUUGCAGAACCACAGACUCUUGAUGAUGCUGAUCUCAUUGGAUCAUUCACUGGCGAUGAUUCUAACAUGAUGGUGGGCGAGACAGAGUUCAUCAACCAGACGCACGAGGUUUGGUGUCGCAGCCGCACCGUUUUGACAGAUAACAUGUACUGGGCGGGAAACACAAGAUACAGCUGCAACCCGACGUACCUCAAAAUGAAUCCAAUUCAGCCAAGAAUAUUUGCCCAAGAACUGGAAGUAAUAGAUCCUCAGAGCUCUGUAAAGACAGUAGUGACUGGAGGAGUGUACCCUGACCCUUCUAAAGUGGUUACGGAUGUACAGCGGUAUAUCUGCGAGCAAAUUUAUUAAAAUGGGAUGUAAAAAACAGUCCAGACGAGCACACAUUAUUUUUUCUGGGGACCACUUUUGUGAAUGAAAUUUGUUGUUUGUUUUUUGACCGCAAUCAAUAUUUUGUCUCUGUAUAAGCGAUGCACAUCCUUAAUAUACACACACUG